CAACAACAUGCCUUGAUGCCUCUUGGUCUUUCUCUGUGAACGCUUGCAAACAAGUUGCGCCUGGAGCUGCUGAGGGGACUAAGACUGAUCGGGAAGACAAACGGACAUAACAACGGGGCCAGAGUGAAACAAACGCGGUUCCCUGGAAAUCACUUUUAUGAUCCUUAGACCGGCAACUCUCAAAUUUGCCCACUGAACGGCACAAGUCAUGUACCAGGUUGUACCGGGAGGCGCGGGAGGCACAAUUACAGAUGUUAUCCCCAAGCAGAAACACAGCAAGGACACUCGACCCUUAGUCGGAGCUGGAGUAAUCGGCCUGGUGCUGGUGAUUGCAGCAGUGACUGCAUGGUGUUAUUACAUAGCCUCUCUACGCAAAGCUGAGCUGCUUAAGACUCAGCUGCUGGAUCUGAAUAAGGAUGGCUACAUUAUCCGCAACCAGGGAGGGGCUAUUGUUUUCAGAAUGGAUUUCAGGUCAGGUACGCUGGAUUUGGAUUCAUGCUCUAAAGAAGGGGAGAUUCUGAGCUGUGGAAGCACCACUGAUAGAAAGCUGAACUUCUUCAUCGAAACAGUGCGACCCAAGGACACGGUACAAUGCUACCGUGUGCGUUGGGAGGAACUGGUUCCUGACAUUCCUGUUGAGCAUGCCAUGACAUACAAGUUUGCACACUGGUAUGGUGGUGCAGUGUCAGCAAUUCAGCACUGGCCCAUUUCUAUUUCUGGCCAACAUGCUCCCAAACCCUUUGUCACGAGCGACAUCUACUCAAACCGCAACGAAUUUGGUGGAAUUUUGGAGAGUUAUUGGCUUUCAUCCAAUGCAACUGCCAUCAAAAUAAACAACUCUGUGCCCUUCCACCUCGGCUGGAAUGACACAGAGAAGACCAUGUACUUCCAGGCGCGAUACAAUGACAGUCCUUUCAAGCCAAACCCAGGAGAGGCACCGUGUGCUGAGCUUAGCUACAGAGUGUGCGUAGGCUUGGAUGUAACGUCCAUACACAAGUACAUGGUGCGCAGAUACUUCAACAAACCAAACAAAGUGCCUGCCAAAGUCAUGUUCCGCCAUCCUAUAUGGUCAACUUGGGCGCUACAUAAGACUGACAUCGACCAAGAGAAAGUCUUGAAGUAUGCUGCCAACAUCCGCAAGUAUAACUUUAACUGUAGCCACAUGGAACUAGAUGACCGCUACACCAGCCGCUACGGAGAAUUUGAGUUUGAUCCGACAAAGUUCCCCAAUGCCUCGGCCAUGUUCCAAAAGCUCAAAUCAGACGGAUUUCUGGUGUCACUCUGGAUUCACCCUUUUGUUAACUAUGACUCUGAAAACUUCCAUACUUGCGUAGAGAGGGGGCUGUUUGUCCGGGAGCCUACGGGCCGGCUGCCAGCCUUGGUGCGCUGGUGGAAUGGCAUUGGCGGCAUUUUGGACUUCACAAAUCCAGAAGCCCGUGAUUGGUUUUCCUCCCAGCUACGUUCGCUGCGCUCCAGGUAUGGAGUGUCAUCUUUCAAGUUUGACGCAGGGGAGACCAACUACUUACCAUGGAAAUUUAGUACCAGAACUCCCAUUCGGGACCCGAGUUUUUUCACAAGACGUUACACGGAAAUGGCAAUUCCUUAUAAUGAUAGAGCUGAGCUGCGCAGUGGCUACCAGUCCCAGAACAUAUCCUGCUUCUUCAGACCAAUUGACAGAGACUCUGUGUGGGGCUACGAGUUGGGUCUCAAGUCUCUUAUCCCCACGGUGCUCACCAUCAGCAUUCUCGGCUAUCAGUUUAUUCUACCAGACAUGAUCGGAGGGAAUGCCUACCUGAACCGCACAGAUGGAAAUCGUGCAUUACCCGAUCGAGAGCUCUAUAUCCGCUGGCUGGAGCUGUCGGCCUUCAUGCCCUCCAUGCAGUUUUCUAUUCCGCCGUGGGAAUACGACAACGAGGUGGUCGAAAUUGCUCGGAAAUACACAGCCCUCCAUGAGAGUAUUGUGGCGCCACGGGUCCUGGAGCUGGCUGGUGAGGUGCUGGACACCGGGGAUCCAAUCAUACGGCCCCUGUGGUGGAUUGCCACAGGUGAUGAGACAGCCUAUAAAAUCGACUCCCAGUUCCUGAUUGGGGAUGACCUCAUGGUAGCCCCAGUUUUAGAGCCUGGAAAGCAAGAGCGCGACAUCUACCUCCCCGCCGGCCGUUGGAGAAGUUACAAGGGGGAGAGAUUUGAUAUCAAGGAGCCUCUGCACCUCACAGACUAUCCUGUAGAUCUGGAUGAAAUUGCUUACUUUGUUUGGGUGUAGCCAGAAGGGAAUAUAAAGCCGAACAGACUUGAUUAGCCUGUGCUUCAAUUUGCUUGUAAGACAAGCUCAACGAAUUUAGUUUUUAUGCUUGACAGGAGGGACGUUGCAUGAAAGGUUGUUUGUUAUGGAAAAAUGUUUCUGUAACAAAAUAUGACUUUUUAAAAAUAAUUUAAGAAUUUACCACAGCAUUACCACACAAAUGUGAAACACCACUUCACUCAGAAAUGAUCAAAAGCUCAUCUGAAUGUUUUAUUUCAUUUUUUUUUUGUGUGGUUUAGUGGACAGAUAGUUCAGUAGUGUCCUUUUCAAGAGAAAAUGUAAUCUUUGCUGACUGUUAGCCACAAGUGACGCUUGUGGGUUAAUGAUAAAUGGCAAAGCUAACACAACAGUAGCACAAGUAGAGAAGUCAACAAACUGACCCAGGAAUGCCAGUUACACAGCAACAUCUGUUUAAAGCUAGCUAACGUUAGCUAGCAUUAGCCACCAUAAGCUACAAGGUCAUACCAGACCAAACAAGGCUUUGCAAAACCCCAGCAUGUAUUAAAGUAAGAGUGUGUUUUAAUGCGUACGAAUUCAGAUUUUCAUUUUUACAAGGAAGAAUGUGUUAUUUAGCCUUUCAAAAGUUAGUCUCGCUAAGUCACAUAUGUGAAACGUUUGUCAAAAAGGGAAUAUGCAAACUGUGAACUGAGUAUGGCAUAAUUGCCAUUGUGUGCCAUAAAGUUGCAUUUUUAAGUGUCGUAGUUUAAGCCAAACAGAUGUCAUGAAGCAGAUAGUAGGCGACAAAAAACCUUUUACAUUGAUAACAAGCCAUCUCAGUUUGACUGAGAUAUCCUACUGUCCUUUGACUCCUCUGCUCGUCUGCUGCGAGACACUUCUCAGGAAGUCAGGUUUUAUGCUUCACUUAUCAGGAUGAAUGCUUGAAGUUUAAUCACUACAAACAGCGUGUGCUCUCAUUUGUGUAACAGUGUCAUGUAGCUACUCUUAGACCAGAAGAAGAUGCCUUUUAUUAGGCACUAAAUAUUUUAUGCUCUUCCUCAGGUAACAGCUUUUUCUGGCUGCAGUGUGUUCUCAAGUGCUUGCUAAUUGUCUUUAUUGUGCUUUGCUGACCUCCAAAUGCAGCUAAACAGCUAAUACUAUAAUUGACUUCCACAUCCAAAAUAAUCAGUCUCUGUUGUUUGUAAUUCUGGAACGCUGUUCCUUUAUUGUUAUGCAGUGUGGAAGUCUAUAGAAGCAAUGAAUUUAGCAGCAUUUAAUGAUCAAAUUAAAUGGUACAGUGUGUUUUCUCACCUUGUGUUUUGCUGAUGUAAAUAUUUUGCAACUGCAGUGAUAUCCAUAUGUUGUGCCAUAUGUUAAUAAUUACUGCCACAUACUAUGUGUGAUUUGCUGUUAUGCUACACAUUUAUUAUUGUUACAUAUUGCACAUUUGUACGUAGUAUUAUUGUAAUAUUAUAAUUUAACUCUUUGUGGUGUAGUUGUAAAACAUAUGCCACAAAACUUAAGUUUCCAUCAUGUAGCUGUCUAAAAAAUGUUUUUUUUCAUAUUCUGGAUCAAAGUACGUCAUGUAAAAUCAUGCAUCUUGUUAUCUAAAACUGAUGCGUUGAACUUGGGGUAAGGCAGCAAGCAUAUUCCUUUAAAUGACUUCUCACAGUCAAACCAAUAACGAAUAAUAUUGGUAACACGGUCCAGCAGAUUCUGCCGGUGCAAUUCUGACAUUUGGCAAUAUUUAAAUGCUGUCUACCUUUCACUCAUCAUGCAGCUCCAUGCUGACUGUGUGUGUGCUUUGACAUGUGGCCUGCAGGUUGACCUCAGUGGGGUUUGUGUGUGCCUUUUGACAUAGUUUCAUCAUAACAACACUGCCUAUUUAUAACAGUUCUCACUCAGCAUCUGGGCCAGGCCAACCUCCGAGGCUAUUUCUGUCUCAGACUGUCUUGCUUUAUGACAGGACUGCGAGGCUGCAUCUCAGACUGAAUGUUUCUUUGCUUUUGGCUCUUAUGACCCAGCGUGUGCUGUUUGCCUCCAGUUAUUCUCACUGAGCACUGGCAACAUUUGCAUGCGACUUAAGGGCAGCACUAAUUUCAGCAAGAGUGCAUAUUUGAUGUCAAUUUUUGGUGAAUGUAUUAAA